AUGCCCAAUAAACUUAAGAAAGACAAGGCGGCGACAAAAACUACAGGCGGACUAAAGACUACGGGGAAGGAAACUAUUGAUAAUGGGGACUCUGAGGCCAAAAAGAAGGCUGCACAGAAUGCAACAGAAAACCAUCCACCUCCGACCGCUUUAUCGAAAAUCAAAUAUUCGGGACCACCUCAUAUAAAGAGAGACAAGAGACAGAACUCUUCACGUUUCAAUAUAUCAAAAAACAGGGAGCUGCAGAAACUUCCGUUACUCAAAGAUGCAGCUCCUGCAGAAAGAGAGGAGCUGUUUAUUCAGAAGAUACGACAGUGCUGCGUAUUGUUUGAUUUUGUGCAAGAUCCUCUUAGCGACUUAAAAUGGAAGGAAGUCAAGAGGGCUGCCCUGAACGAGAUGGUGGAGUACAUGACACUGAACAGAGGAGUCGUAACAGAGGCAGUAUAUCCAGAAGCUAUUUACAUGUUCUCAAUAAAUUUAUUUAGAACAUUACCACCGUCAUCCAAUCCAUCUGGUGCAGAGUUUGACCCCGAGGAGGAUGAACCCACCCUGGAAGCUGCAUGGCCUCAUUUGCAGCUUGUGUACGAGUUUUUCUUAAGAUUCCUAGAGUGUCCAGACUUCCAACCAAACACAGCUAAACGAUAUAUUGACCAAAAGUUUAUUUUACAG